AUGGUGUUGAGAGUAGCGCUACUGGUGUUGAUGACGUUAGUUGUGAAAUCGAGAACCGAGCACUGGAGUCACUUGUCCGACAUGGACAAUGACACGUUGAGCGAUUGCGUGGAAGAGCUGAAAUGGCGGUGUCCGGUUCUGAAGGUUCGGCUUCGUCGGUCGUCAUUGGUCAGAUGCUGCCGGAGCAUGGAUGAUUGGUAUCAAGACAUGGCGCACGUUGAACUGCCGACCGACUACCUCCUUCCGCACGACUUUGACUAUAUCAUGAAACUGACGCAGUGUCAGGACGUCUACAGCUGCCUGAGCAACGUACCUCUGAGGUCAAGGAUUCCGAGGCAAACGUCGGUCGGAAGAGCAGUGCGCCAAGAGAUCCGUCUAAUGUCUGACGAGGCGCGUCUGCGGUUCUUCAACGCUGUGAACAGGAUGAAGGCGGACCGUCGCGACGGCAUGAGUCGCUAUGAUCUGUUCGUCACUUACCACACAUCGUCCAGAGCACCCGCCGCUCACUUCGGUGCCUCGUUCCUACCGUGGCACAGGGAGUACCUGAGACAGUUCGAAAUUGCUCUGAGGUCUUAUGACCCUCAGGUCAGCAUUCCUUACUGGGACUCGACGUUGGAUCAGCCGCUGCCAAAUCCGGCCCACUCCGUCCUCUUCUCGGAGUUGUUCCUGGGCAAUGCCGAGGGUAGUUUAGUAACCGGCCCGUUUCGGCGGUGGUCGACGGCAUUCGGGGAGCCGGUCGAACGUCAUUGUGGUCGAUCAGGUAGCUUGUUCAGCAUAGCUGACGUCGCCUACGUCCUCAGACAGUCGACCUACGACCAGCUGACUUUCUGCGUUGAUCCGUUUUUCGAAACGGUAAGAAUACGAGGUUGCUUAUUCAAGGGAGGUUGCGACGGUCGGUCUUUUCAGAUGCACGGCGCCGUGCACGAAUGGGUUGGCGGACACAUGGCCAUCAUCCCGAUGUCCCCGAACGACCCUGUAUUUCUUCUGUUGCAUUCGUUCAUCGACAGCGUUUGGGAACUGUUCAGGCAGUCGAGGCAAACGCCUCAGCAACGCGAGUCGUCGUAUCCUCCGGACGCCAGCUCGUGCAGCGACAUGCAUGGCGCCAAUGGUCAGAUGCUGCCGUUCUUGUUGCGCAAUAUUGACGGACUGUCCAACUCGUACACCGACCAGUUCUACGUGUACGACUCGCUGCCGAGCUGUUCGCCACGAACACCCACCUGCCGUUCACCGUACGUGUUUUGCGACGUUCGUCAGUACGUCUGCGUCAGCAAGGUGGUCCCAGGUGGCAACUGCCAGGGCUUCGAGGGUACGGACAUCUGCUACCAUUCGACGUGCGUCAGAGGAACAUGUGUGUAG